AUGGACUCGAUACAAGCCGUGGCCAGGCAACGAAACUCUGCAACUCUGUUCAAGAAAUCGAGCGCCCUCUUUUCCCUGCCCUCUUUUCCCUGGCUCCAACACGGAGGACAGCGCAUAUCAGCCACUGCGGACAAGAAGGUGCCGCGGGCCAUUGUCUUUGGGCUCUCAUUGGACUCUCACUCCAAGCCGUUCUGUGAGGUACAGCCGCACGCGCAGACCCAGAAAGCGUGUGAGUGGGAAGGACUGGUUGCUGCCCGUAGACAAGAAGCCCUUGUCAACCAUGACCGCGGCUCCAAUCCGGGCUUUCCUGAGGACAACAGCCCUUUUGUUCGCCACCACACCUGGACGGAUUACACGGAUGAGAGACUUUUCCAAGCCAUCGCAGAGGCCUCCCAUCCCAUCCUAUCCUGUUGA